GAUUUUCCCCCACGCGCAUCCCGGGCGUGUCUUCGUCCCCUUUAUUGCCAAUUUCUUAUUUGUGCUCUUGUGUGAUCGACGAACAAAUGUGGUUGCAGGCGCGGGAAGUAACCGGAUCCAUGUGAAAUUACGACUUUACCCCUACGAACAAACAUAGUCAUUACAGAACACCUUUUUCCCAGAUUACACGACGUCCCCCGUUCCCAUCUUCAACGUGUCUCUGACGAUCGUCCACACUAUGCCUCCCUCCCUCUCGCCCUCCGCCUGAAGCAACCAUCUCCCCCACUUUUCUACGGGGAGAGAGAGAGAGAGAGAGAGAGAGAGAGAGAGAGAAUUCCUGUCCAUUGAUCCGUCCCGGCUGGACGUUUUGUCGUUGUUCGUUCGUCGUUAAUGAAGGUCGGCGGUCGAAAUCAUUUCUUCCAUUUAUGCCCUCUCUCAGUGACUCGCGGCAGUUUUGGUGUCAAUUCGAGCUUUAAGCGGGACUUAAAGCGUAAUUUCAAUGGGGAAAGAUGACAAUGGCCGGUGUGUAUUUCCCCUUACCAGCUUGCAAAUUGGGGACUUGCAGUCUUAUCUUUCAUAUCUUAGCCUUUUCCUGGGGCCUGAAAGUAACAAAUUGUAUAUCUUGGUGGACAACCGCCCAUGGCUGAAAGGCCUAGGUCUGCGCUCAGCACGGUUAUGGCAAUUGAUGGUUACUAAGUCCCGGUUAUCACCUUUUGCUAACACUAAAGCACGUAGGGAGAGAGCGGAUAAUGACGAGAUUUUCAAGUUGGAAUCUAGCUCUACAUCAAACACUAAAAAGACAAGAAAAUUUGAGAGAUGGUUCUCGUUGAUUGAUGCUGCAGCAUCAUCUCGAAAAAGGGCCUUGCUCCCUGUAAAGAAAUUAAGGAAGACUUUGCUUUUCAAGAGUGAGUUGCAUAGGACCUUAUAUGGUUUUAUUGUAUUUGAAGUUGUAUGGGACAAUGUUCGUGGUAUCAACUAUUUGAAUGAGCUUCAGACCGAUACAUCUCUGGCUAUUGAGGCUAAACUAAUGAGGAGGUGGGAAUUCGAUAGUAUAGCUCAGGCUGCAAGUUCUAUAUCUUUAUGGUUCUCAGGAACACACUAUGAGCGGCUUCUUUUGAAUGAUUAUCUGGACUCUACCACAGGAGAGGUGUUCUAUGAAGCUCAAGAAGAUUUCUUGGGUUCUGACUCUUAUGAUGCUGAUGAAAAUAUCUGCAGCGAUGAUGUUUCUGGAGAAAAUGAAUCACCCAACUGCCUUCAUAGCGAGUUUAGUGUGCAUCCUACAACCACAGAAAAUGAUAUUAGUUCGCCCCACACACCACCUCCUCCAACUGGGCCCUACAAGAGAAGAAGGGUAACAAAAUCCUUUAGUGGUGGAAUAGAAGUUGAUACAUAUUCUGAGGAAACACAUGACAGUAUUAUAGACUCGAACAAACAUUUGGACGAUGUUCAUACAAGUGAUUGCAAAAAUGCAGUUGAGGCUACUGAAUACAGGGAUGUUUUGAUUUUGUUUAGGUUCAAUGAUCGUGACCUCCCUUUCAAAUUAAAGCAAAUAAUUAUGUCUGAUCUGCGGUUGCUUACGCUAUUAGAGUCCGGGCUUCCAUCUUGGGUUAUAUUUCUUCAGUCGUACCCAGGAUUUUGCCAUCUCUAUCGUCCAUGGAUGUGCCCUCUGGCAAGAGCUUUAUAUGUGCUGAUUUCGGUUAUCACUGUUCUCAUUGGAUUUUAUGACCUAUACAAAAAUGUACCAGUUCUCAAGGCAACAGCAUCUCGUUUGUGUGGUCCCCUGAUGGAUUGGAUUGAAACUUGGGAGAUGGUAUCAAGGAUUAAAUACUUGGGAACAAUGUUAUUUCUGCAUAAUUUUCAGAAGGCUAUUCAGUGGUUCCUGACAAUCACACGCACUACUCGAUCCUUUUUCUCGGUUCUCACCCAACCAAUGGCAGAGCCCCUUUUGGAGCUAUUGGGUUACCUUCUUCCAUUUUGGAAUAUGUGCAUCGAAGUAGCAGAGAGCUUAUGUUCUGUCAUUUGGGUUGCAAUUGAGUCUUCUUUCAGUCUAGUGGGGAACCUGGCAGUGAUUCUACUUUCGCCAAUUCGAUUUAUCCUAUCUGUCAUUUGGCAUAUUGCAAAUUCCAUCUUAUACCCCAUAUUUUGGAUCCUUUGGGAGGCACUUUAUGUACCUAUUCGGAUGGUCCUUGCAUUCUUCAAUUUCAUGGUUUUUAUUUUUACCUGCAUAUCCGAGUUCCUUGGAGAAAUAUGGCUCUCUGUAAGCAGUUUAUUUCAGAUUGCCUCAGCUUCUGGGGUAGCAGUGAGCAAAUCUGAGGUUUCCAUGUGGCGUUCACUUUGGAAUGACCUUUUUUCCCAGGUUUUCCGUGCUGUGAAGAGCAUUUUAAAUGGUUUUGUUGCCUUCUUCACAGCCUGCAACAGGCAUCGACUAAGCAUUUAUAACCAUAUACUGGAGUUUAUUCAGAAACUAUCUGGAAAGAGAUCACAUCAUACUGAUCUUAGGCAUAGUAGACGGACAAGGGGAGCUAAAACUAUGUCAGAAGCAAGAAAAUUGGUUGUCAAUAAGAAAAACUGAUUUCAAGCCUACAGAUCGACAUGAAAUGAUGCUUUUUGCCCAUGAGAGCUUUUAUUGUUCUGGCUAACAUGCUUGAGAAAUUCCUGGGAAGCCAACUCUAACCAAAACCAAUAUAACAGAGGAAGUUCGUGUUCAACUUGCAGAUUCUGCAGUGUCUUGCUGAAUUAAUGCAUUCUAUUUGUUCUUAAUAUCUCCCUGCCCAAUUCUUUCAUAUCACAUAUUUAGCUUUCUAGAUUGCCAUCCUCUGUAAUACUGAGAUGUUGUUUGUCAUAACAUCUCUUUGCUGCUUUGUAAUAUUCCCUUUACUGGUCUGUCAUUGUUACUAUUGUAGCAAAAUUCUGAAAUGUAAAUAUGUAAAUAACAUGUACAGGCAGCAGGUUUUUGUAUGGCCAGAAGGUAGAUUUUAGAUUUUUGUGAAUUUGAGUGCAAUACCAUACACAUUCGUUUUUCCU